AUGGGUUCGACUUCUAAAACAAAACAUGGGAAACAGUAUCGAGCACCCGUAGAUCAGGCAAGAAAAGCCGAGCGUCAACGCGUAAUCAAGAAAAAUAAAAAAGAGCGACACCAGGUUCGCGUCGCCAUUGCUAAGCACACUGAAGUCGCUGGAAAUCUACGCAAAAUGCUGAUGCUUGAAAGACAGAUACUCGGUCUUGAUGAAAGAACGUUUGCGGUUGAUGUACUAAGAAAGAAACAAAAGACGAUUCUUGAUGUGAUUGAGAAAAGAAAAGCUAUCCUGAUUUCUGUCAAGGACGAUGAUGAAACUCAAAAAUUAAAUGAGGCAAUGAAAAACUAUUACGCCCAAGUUGCAAGCUUAAAGCGAUUGGCAGAACAAGAACGUAUUGCACGAUCGAUUGAUCCAACUAUUAUCCCGUUGCCUGAUGGUGAAAUGAAAGAAGGUGAUGAUAGAACCCUGCAACUGAUGGGGCCGCGCACUUAUGAACAACCAAAGAAAAAGGAGGGACGUAGCGUAAGCUUCAAACUUCCGCGUGAUCGAAGAAAACCUCCAGGGCCUCCAUGCGGUCCACCACCUGAUUUGAGUGCAAGUGAAGAUGAAAUGGACAACUAUGGAGAAUUUGAUGACAAUAAUCUUGACCCAGUACCAAUUCCCGAAGAAUUGGGUCAUGUGCCCGGGUUUGGCAGCCUUCCGCAACCAACAUUCAAUACGCAUCCAUUGCUUAGACCUCCAACCCUACCUAUGAAGCCGCCACUACCCUUAGCCAUUUUUGCCCAGCCGCCACAGAUUCCUGUGCAAAUGCCGGUGAUUCCUGAUGUGGCUAUUAUUUCCGGAGCACCUCAGAUUCGAUCUCGUAAUACGGCUGCAAGCUCAUCAUCUAUUGGUCCCAUUCAACCGACGACUCUUGUUGGAGCCCCUCAGCUCAGAGACCUUCGUCGAGAAGCCGCCAAAUUAGUGCCCACCGUCCUCAAGAAGAAACCAAACACAACCACUCAUCUCCCACCGAAACUUGCUCGAGCACCUAGACCAGCCGAAACAAACGCGGCGAAAUCUACCGAUGAAGCCUACAAUGAAUUCAUGAAAGAAUUAUCUGGUCUAUUG